UCCCAAACCGCCCGCCUCCUUGCCGGCACCGGCCGAAGCGCUCCUCGCCGUGAUGGACCAGGCGGAGCACGAGCCCCGGAAGCUCUUCGUCGGCGGCCUGCCGCGGUUGGGCGUCACUCAAAACAGCCUGAGGGCCCACUUCGCCCGCUACGGGCACGUGGUGGAAGCGCUGGUGAUGGAGUAUCCGGACGGCAUGGGCCGCGGCUUCGGCUUCGUCGAGUUCCAGGAUGAAGAGGCGGCGCUCAGGGCUCUCGACGCGAGGGAGGCGGACGCGCACGCUGCCUUCUUUGGCCGAAAGGUUGAUGUGAAAAAAGCAGAGAAGAAACAAGGAACCCGGUCCGCGCCGACUCAGAGCAGUUCAUAUAAACCGGAUGCUGAUCCCAAGAAGAUCUUUGUGGGUGGGUUAGGUGACAAGAUCACCAAAGAUGAUCUAUCAGGAUACUUUGAGAAGUUUGGUACAAUAACUGAUGCUGUUGUGUGUCAUGAUAAACUAACAAGAAAGGCAAGGGGCUUUGGUUUCGUGACCUUUGAUUCAAAGGAAGCUGCGGACAAGGUUUUGGAGAAUCAGUUUCAUUACUUGAAGGGAACAAAGGUUGAAACAACUAAAACUAAACCUAGAAAUUUAAUGGACAGUGGGGGCUGGGGUCACAGGAGCCCUGUUAAUGACUAUGGUGGAAUGUACUCACUCCACAACGGACCAUUUAUCCCUUGCCCUUAUCUGGUUCCAUAUCCAUACCUUUAUGCACCACCUGGAAUCAUGAAUUAUGGGUACAUGAUGAACCAAACAGGCACAUCAAAUGAUAUUGGUAUGAUGGCAGUGCGCCCCCCUCCUGCGAUGUAUGCACAUUAUGCAAGUUCAAAUGGAUAUUAUGCUGCCAGUUUGAAACUUCAAUGUGAUAGCAGAGUUAAGGGAAAUCAGCCUUCCGCUAGCUGGAAAUCAGAUCCAGCAAAGCCAGAUUCCAACUUACUGUAAGGAGGCUAAUGUGACAACAUCGGGAACUCUAGGUAGUUUUGAAGACUGGAGCUUACCUGCCCAUAUUCUUUGUUCGCAAUCUGUACAUUGAGUCCAAGCAAAUGGGGGAAACCAAACCUCUGUACCUCCUAUCGCGUAUCCACCAUGCUCGAAUUCUCUUACCGUUGCCAUCACAGUUUACUUUGGAUUAAUACAUUCAUGUUAUCUUAUUCGUUUGGUACUGAAACAUCUCUUUUUUUUGGGGGGUGGUGACCAAAUCUGAUUCUUGUUGCU